GAGGCUGUCCGUUCUGACGUAUUCUUUGAGCAGGCGCAGAAAUUCCUCCGGACUGGGUUGGGCUAGAGACGCCGAGCUACGGGACCGUCCGAGAUGGCAGAAGUGGAGGAGACACUGAAGCGACUUCAGAGCCAGAAAGGAGUGCAGGGAAUCAUCGUGGUGAACACGGAAGGCAUCCCUGUCAAGAGCACCAUGGACAGUCCCACCACCACACAGUACGCCAGCCUCAUGCACAACUUCAUCUUGAAGGCCCGGAGCACCGUGCGUGAAAUUGACCCCCAGAAUGACCUCACCUUCCUUCGAAUUCGCUCCAAGAAAAAUGAAAUUAUGGUUGCCCCAGAUAAAGACUAUUUCUUGAUUGUGAUUCAGAAUCCAACUGAAUAAGCCACUCUCUUGGCUCCACACAUCAUUCCUUCAUUCAGUGUCCCCAAGAAGAAUAGUGUUAAUCAUGAUUGUCAGCUGGCAGGUAGAAAUCACCUGAGAGCCCAUGCAGACCAAUCAAGUGGCCACGGUGGGCUGUAGCUCCACCCCCUUCCACCAAAGUCAUCCCCCUGCUGGCCGGUCUCCCCUGAGUUCCCAGGAGGACCCUCUUUCCCCCAGUCCAGGUUUUGAACAAGAGCCUGUGAGAGGCACGCACCCCGCUUCCUUCUAACGUUCAGUUCACUUUGUUGCCCUUGGAAAAGGCUGUUUUUCUUUAACUAAAAAUAACUGAAACUUG